AUGUAUAACAUCAGAGAAGAGCUCCUCACAUUGCACUGCUGUAAGGGAUCAGUUGUAGUAACAGGUAUAAGAAAUGCUAGGCCUUCACCAGAAAAACCUGAAGAUUCAGCCCCAGCCACAGUAAAAUAUCUCCAGGGUCAAAAGAGGAAAUCAGUUAGUGAAGGCUUUAGGUUUCACCUUGCACAUUCUCAAAUACUGAAGGGGUCCAAGGUUCACUGGGGGAACAGUAGGGCCUGGGAGGCUGCUGGGGCAGGGCUGAGCAGCACUGCUGCAGGACUCAGUGAGCAAUAUAUUACCAAGGAAGAAAGGAUACCCAGCAGAAUAACAAGAAAAGUCAUGACAGAAGAGACGAGGUUCUGCGAAAACUGUAAACGAGGUGUGUCUGCUGCCAAUUUCUCUCUCCAUGAGGCCCACUGCUUGCGGUUUCUCACUCUCUGUCCAGAUUGUGAUAAACCAGUUGCCCGAAAUGAUAUGAAAAGUCAUCAAACAGAAGCACACAAGCAGGUCAGAUGUAAUCUUUGCUGCCAAGGCAUGCAGCAAUAUCAGUUGGAGCAUCACGUGGCCAAGAAAUGCCACAAACGAGCAAUGAAAUGCAAAAUCUGUGAGCUGGAAAUGCCCUUCAACAAGCUUCUGGAACACCUAAACACCUGUGCCAGUUGAACCGAAUGGUGUUGGGAGUGUAACAAAUAUGUCAUGUACAAAGACCAGAAAAAACACAAAGAUAUUUGUCAGAACAGUGGUCUGUCCUGUCAUAAGGACGUGAACUUUCAAAUCAGUGAAGCAUCUACUAAUGCAAAAUUUAUUUACUCCACUGGUACCGCUGACAAUCUUUGUGUGAGGUGCAAUAAGUCAUUCCCUGAUGACCAGUACUCCCAACAUCUGCAGAAUAAAAGCAAUACAACUCAUAAGUUGACAGAAGUUCUUGCUGGCCAGUCAACUUCAAAACCCAGCAGUGAUCCACCACAGUCUUCUACCUCCCUGGCUCCCUCUUCCAGCUCUGAAAAGGCAAUGGCAUGGAAAGAUCUCUGUCCCAAAGAGAAAGGAAGGUACCAUCCAUUGUCCUCAAAAACCUUGCCCAAACCUUCAAAGAACAGAAAGAUGGUUGGCUUUCCUUCUCCCACAAGAGACAGACUUUCCACAUUACCUCAAGCUCUUAAAGACACCUGGUCUUACGACUUGCUGGUGACCUGUGCGCACUGCAACAUUCUUCUGCCCCUUCCAACUCUUCAGGAACAUGAGGUGAGAGGUGAUGUAUUAGACUCAGCCUCCUACAUGCUUGAACAAAGAGCCACACCUACAUAUUAAUAAGUAUUUGCUACUUAUCCCCUCACUGCCCAGGAUCCAUUUGCUCACAUCUAUAAAAACAAGAUCCAUUGCCCAUAGUCCAUCUGAUUUUUAGGGAAAUACUAACCACAACUCAACCAUUAAUUUUAAAGUCUGGAAAGUCUUCAAUGCCACUCUUUUGUUCUGAAGGCUGGUAUUGUUCCUGCUAAUCAAACACUAUAUCUAAGCUGUAUCAGAGAUGGAGAUCUA